UUGUGGACGACCGCAAGUAUCAAGUAAGUUUCUUAUACUCCUGUCCACGUAUCCAAGGUGCAAGUCAUGCCUAAUGUCUCAAUCUAGAUGGAAAAAGUCGUGCAGUUGGCGGCUUCCCUGCCUCCCAAUACCGGGGCAUUGGACGAAUUGAGCGACCAAUUCAUCAAGUUGCUUUGGAACAAUCUGGAGCAUCCUCCACUGUCAUAUCAAGGGGACGACUACAAGUAUCGUACUGCUGAUGGUUCUAACAACAACAUCAUGUAUCCCCAUAUUGGCAAAGCCGGUUCGAACUAUGCCAGGACGGUCACGCCACAAACACUGAAGCCGGGCGUGCUCCCGGAUCCUGGAGUCAUUUUCGACGCUGUCUUUGCACGUGGUGACAAGCCUAGAGAACACCCGAACCACAUUUCCAGCAUGCUGUUCUAUCUUGCUACCAUCAUUAUCCACGACUGCUUUCAUACUGGCUCAGAUAGUGCCACUGUCCAGACUUCCUCCUACCUGGACUUAGCGCCCCUUUACGGAAGUAGUGAUGACGACCAAAAGAAGAUCAGGACUUUCAAAGAUGGCCUGUUGAAGCCGGAUACAUUCUCGGAAAACCGCAUACUCGGCUUCCCUCCCGGUGUCUGCGCACUUGUUAUUUGUUUCAACCGAUUCCACAAUUAUGUUGCCAUGCAGCUCAAAGAGAUCAACGAGGGCGGUCGGUUUCAGAUCCCCAAGGACGAAAAUGAUACCAAGGCAAUUGCAAAGCUCGACAAUGACCUGUUCCAGACUGCUCGACUUGUUACUUGCGGUUUGUACGUCAACAUUAUCCUCAAUGACUAUGUCCGGACGAUCUUGAACCUCAAUCGCACCAAGUCAACGUGGACGCUCGAUCCGCGGAAGAACUUCACUGACGUAUUUGACGCCGCUGGUGUUCCUUCUGGCAUUGGUAAUCAAGUCAGUGUCGAAUUCAAUCUAAUCUAUCGAUGGCACUCAGCCACCAGCGUCAAGGACGAGAAAUGGACGAACGAUCUCAUGAAGUCCUUGUUUCCAGGAAAAGACAUAGCCCAGGUCACGGAACGAGAAUUCGUGAUGACUCUGUACGGCUGGCUUAACAAUCUGAAUCCGGAUCCUUCUCAAUGGGAAUUGGAUAUGGGCAAAUACAAAAGAACGGAGCGAGGCACUUUUCGCGACGAAGAUCUGAUGCAAAUUCUGAGUGACGCCACUGAAGAUGUCGCCGGCGCAUUUGGACCGCGAAAUGUCCCAGUGGCGAUGAAGCUCAUCGAAACACUAGGCAUUAAGCAAGCUAGGCAAUGGAAUGUCGCUACAUUGAACGAAUUUCGGAAAUUCUUCAAGCUGGAACCUCACAAGGACUUCUCCGACAUUACCGAGGAUGAAGAAGUUGCUCGUUCACUCAAAGCGCUUUACGGGCAUCCUGACUACGUCGAGUUAUAUCCUGGUCUUGUUGCUGAAGAUGCAAAGGAACCACUGGAACCUGGCUCCGGCCUGUGCCCAGGCUUCACAAUCUCCCGAACGAUUCUCGCUGAUGCGGUUGCCCUUACGCGUGGUGACAGGUUCUACACCGUGGACUAUACGCCAGCCAACUUGACAAACUGGGGCUGGUCUACGGUCAAAUCAGAUCCGACGGUGGCGCAGGGUGGCUGUAUGUAUAUACUCCUGAUGCGUGCCUUCCCGUUCUGGUACCGCGGGAACUCUGUCUACGCGAUGUAUCCGUUUACAGUCCCCCCAACAAAUCGUCGUAUCUUCGAGAAGCUCGGUGAAGAAAAGGACUACAAUUUCGACCGCCCGAAAUACGUCGGCCCGCCUACAUCGAUAAGAUCGUGGAAAGCCGUGACCGAUGUUCUUGGAGAUCAAGCCUCUUUCGGCGUGCCAUGGGCCGCGCACACCUUCUAUCUAACCGGCCAUGACUAUAUGCUGAGUGGGGAUAAACCAGCCAACACUGCUCAGCGAACCGAGGUCCAGAGGGAUAUAUACUGUCCAGUGAACGGCUUGAAGGAGGUUCAAACAUUUUAUGAAGACCUCACGACGCAGCUGGUCGUGGCCCGGUCUGAGAGGCUUCGGGGUGAGUGGUACCAGCUCGACGCUUGCCGAGAUGUUGCCAACCCAUCACACGCGAUCUUCGUUGCCCGCAUGUUCCACCUGCCACUCAAGAAGCGCGGUGACUUGAAUCCUGCGGCCGUCGAGGUUGACCAGUUGUACCUGGCACUGUCGGUGCUCUUUGCUUACGUCUUCCUGGAUGGUGAUACUGCCAGCUCGUUCAAACUCCGAGCAGGCGCGAAGACGGCCACGGACGGGAUCGCCAAGCUCGUCAAACUUGUUUGCGAAGCCGUCAAGGCUGGCAAUUUCCUCCACCUCGGCUCUCUGUUCCCAAUGGGCAAAUCUGGCGAGCUUUUGGCUGACUACGGCACAAAACUCCUGACUCGCCUUUUCGAAGGCGGAAAGUCGGUUGACGAGGUCGUCUGGACCAUCAUCCCGACAGCCGCUGCAGCCGUUGCCACACAAGCGCAGCAUUUCACGCAGAUGUUGGACAUUUAUCUACAAAAGGAGUAUUAUGACGAAUAUUGGCCGGAAAUCCAACGAUGUGCAUGGUCCAACAAACCUGAAGACUUUGAGAAGCUCAAAGGCUACGCCCUGGAGGCCAACAGACUGGCGCCAGCUGCAUUCGGCCUCCUCCGGAAAUCCAACGUUGACACCACAAUCGACGACAACGGCAACAAUGUGGAAAUCAAGACCGACGACCAGAUCUACACUGACUUCAUCACCGCUGGCCUCGACAAGACUGUUUGGGGAGAGGAACCACACAAAAUCGACCCUACCCGUGAUCGCUCGCUGUACAUACACCAAGGCUGGGGUCCACAUUCCUGUAUUGGCCGGCCUAUAGUCGAAGUCGCCAUGGCAGCACAGCUCAAAGUCUUCGCCAAGUUGAAGAAUCUCAGGCGUGCGCCUGGUCCGCAGGGCCAUCUCAAGAAGACCAUCCCAGUCCCCAAUCCAUUCAGCAGUGACCCGGAGCCUAACCCUGGAAGUGUGGCAGCAUUUAUGCUGGAGGAUUGGAGUUCCUGGUACCCAUUCCCGACAACUCUCAAAGUCCACCACGACGGAUUGUGGCGAGAUCAAUCUGACCAGCUCGCAGGCGAGACUGGUGCUCCUGGUAUCAAGGCGGAUAUCGAGCAUAGUGGUAUGGCUGCGACUAACGGCCUGGACGGCGACCACGAGAUGGAGGAUACGGCUUGAGCUUUGGAAUUGAUUGGGUUUAGCAGCGUGUUGUAUUGUAUCAGCGAUGGACUUAACCGGGAAAGGGACAUAAUGAUAUGAGAAUGAAGGCAAAAGUUAGGCGUGGAGGAUUUCUACUUACUGUCAACUGCAGCUCCUUAGGCAAUUCUCCUCACUUGUUCCCGUAAUCUUUGGGCAUUGAAACUGUUUGUCUGCGCUGUAGGUACAGUCUAGG